AUGGGACUACGUUACACUUCCUAUAUAGAACCUCCAAGGACCUACAGAAAAUACCUCAAAUAUGACUCUGUCGGCUCCACCCCAUACUCUUCCAGUAUGAACGUGGGCCUGGACACUACCAACUCCAGGUCUCUGACCCCCGUAGUACGGUACAGCGAUGGAGCAUUCAAUCUGGUACGGUUCCCUCCCUCGUCGUCAUCCUCCUCGUCGCAUCGCAGGGCCCGGUUGAGAAGGAAGAAGUCCUUCAUCACGUACGGAUGCAAGAAUUGUAGAACUCACAUUUCGUCUUCCAAUCGAAUAUUGUCCAAGGAUUACAGAGGUGUCACGGGAGAUGCGUAUUUGAUGGAUGAGGUCGUUAAUAUAGUGGAGGGUCCCAUGCAAGAGAGACCCAUGGUUACGGGUCAUUAUUUAGUGGCGGAUAUUUACUGCCAUUGGUGUAGAAAUUUGAUCGGAUGGAAGUAUUUGAAAAGUGAGAGGAAAGAACAGGCUUAUAAGGAGGGAAAGUUUAUUAUUGAAGUGGCUACUGUGUGCGUUUGCGAUUAG